UCUUACCUGGCUGUCUCCCACCGCGGCGGACCGCAGGAACUCUUCCCUCGCCGGAGAAGUAAAACUCUCGGACGUUUUCCGAUCUCCAACAGUCCCGGACCCGUUCUCGCCGUCGACGUGUGAACUCGUUAAGCGGCCGGCAGCUGACGUAUCCUCGUUCACCCUCCAGCAGCUCUCGCCUCUUCCCGGACGCGGACGAGGAAGGAAGGCUCGAAUUACCUGAUAUCCUGGAAGACGCGAGCAGCAUCUUUCCCCUCUGUCUUCUGUCUAUCUCUCUGUUUCUCUCUUUCUCUCUCUAUCGCGAGAUUAGAAGCAAGCACAAUCGACGAGAUCGCGAAGACCGAAGCAGGACGAUAAGACGACUUCCGCAUCUGAUCGCACCGGACGAGAUCAGUGGGAGAAGCGAGUUUCCGUUUCCGAGGAUCGUCAUCUGGCUCAUUGGCUGCCGAAAGUACCUCGUCAACACCGAUACCGACGAGCAGGAGCGACUCUGAUGUACCGGUGGUGAAACUCCCGCAGAGACGGAUAGCAGCAGGUGCUUCGCCGUUGUGUGAAUCGUCGAUCGAGAUCCCGGCCAGGAAAGUUCACCGGCGUGAUGAGGCGGAAAUAUCUCUUGUGUUUGCUGUGGGCCGCACUGGUACUGAGGUCGGACGUCUUCGUCGCCGCUGAAGCCGACCCCGCGAUUUUGAACGGCCCCGAAUUGCCGCAUUUGCAACAGAGCCGCCUCGUGCACGAUCCGCGACCUCGUCUCUCGGCUUCCCAGCAAGCCCAGAUAUUGAGCGACGUGCAGCAACAUCAGCAACGGUACCGGCGUCCCAUUCCAGAGUCGAAGAACUCGCGGAUAGGAUCCUUCCAAUCGUACGAUCAAGUGACACCCAAGUAUCAGCAAUCCAGCACGCCGUAUCCCUCCCUAGCCAAGUACAAGGUUGACCGAACGAAGCAGCAGCAGUUGCAGCAAUUGUUGCAGCAACAGCAACAGGUGCAGCAGCUUCUGCAACAGCAGCAGCAGAAAAUCGCUCAGCAACUCGGCACUGCUUCGGACUUCGUGAACGGAAAUGCACCGCAGUACCAACGACAGCGGCAGCAGUACCAACAGCAACAGCAACAGCAACAGCAACAGCAACAGCAACAGCAACAGCAACAGCAACAGCAACAGCAACAGCAACGGCAACGGCAACAGCAACAGCAACAGCAACCGCAGCAACGAUACAAUAACCAAUACCAGAAUAACGGCUUCCAGAAUCUCCAUCAGGAUCUGUCGCAGCCGCUGUUCAGCGACCAACAGACGCUGCAGCUGCAGGAAUACCUCGAAAAGCAACGCGAGCUGGAGUUGUUGCAGAAGCAACGGCAACAGUUGCUGUACGAGCAGCAAGAGUUGCGAAGGCAACAGGAGCUGUUGCGACUCCAGCAGCUUCAGAGGCUCACCUCCACUACGCCGCCGCCGUUGCUGUCGUCGCCGUCGACCGCGACAUCCGUUCCCAUCGCCGUAAGCACCACCCCGUCGUCGUUGCUGUUGUCGUCGCCGACGGCGCGGCGGAUCACGCCGUCCGAGGCGGAGCUUUUUCUUAAGGCAAUUGCUAACCAUCAGAAGAAAUAUUCAACGAGCACAACAACGACAACGACAACAACAACCACCACCACCACCACCACCCCACCACCCCCGCUUUCUAGAACAGUCGUCUCCAAGGUUCACCAGGAUACGUCGGGCAUACCGGAUAACUUACUAAGCCUGAUUCAGGAGCAGGAGAGUCAGUUGGUGCAGCAGGACAAGCCAAGGCCGCAGGUCAAAGUGAUUUAUCAAACCGACAAGCCCAGCACUGCGAGACAGAGCGGUUCCAGGAGCAAGGGUUCUCCGCAGUCCAGCGAGAGGGAAGUGUUGCUGAAGCAACUGAAGAUCGCACUGGCUCAGUCCGGCGAUGACGACGUCAGGAACGUUACCACCCGCGACUUGAUCUUGCCGAACGGCAAGAAGCUCCAGGUGAUUCACGCGCCGAACGGUCUGUCCUCCAUCGUGCCGAGCGGCAGCCCCGUUCAGACCUCGAUUUCGCCGUCCUCGACGACCACGAUAAAACCGCCGAAGGCGAUCUUCGAGGAGCUGACCAAGGGCGGCGUGUUGCCGCCAGGCGCCGACUUUGAGAUCAUCCGGCAGAAGAGCGACGGCAAGCUGGAGGAGGUCGGCAAGGCGCCGAUCCAGAACCUGCCGGCGAAGAAGGUGACGUUCGUCGUGCUGGAGGAGCAGCCGGACGGUAGCUACAAGGUACAGGGUGUGAAGGGGAAUGCCGAGAAGGAGAGCGGCACCGAUGUCGAGUCCAUCGUUGAGAGAAUCAAAAAGGGUGAGCUGAAGUUACCGCCGAGCUCGCUUCAGCCGACCACUCCUUCCAACCUCGAGCAACACUUCGAAUCCAGCAUCGAUCCCAAUCUGGUGUCCACUCAGGGUACAACCAAGACGUCGCACCAUCACUCCACCAGCACGCCCACUACGACCUUCAGGCCUACUGUCAGGUCCACCUCGGCCAGCAAGUCGACGACAGACUACUUCCCUUAUGUCACGGUGUCGCCAAACUCGGUGUCCACCACCGACAAAUACGUAACUUCCGCGUCCAGCGUCACCGGCCAUGUGUACAACACCUUGAACACCAGCCCGAAAACGAGCCUGUCGGACCACAUACCGCGGGUCACCACCAAGUACCCGUCCACCAGGAGUCAAUUCAUCCCGACGAUGGCGCCGGUCAACGAAAUCGUGACGACGCCGACAUCGCCGGUGACCUUCUCGCACCACACGACCAAUUCCUACAUCCACUUCCCAGCGAGCCCAACGGCCACCUCGCCAACGUUGAGAGUAUCUCCCAGCACAGCGACGUCCAGUUUGCAGAACGAGAACGUCGUUUACCAGGGUACCACGUUGUCCCCGACAGAGGCCAUCAAGACCCAGGCAUCAACUGAGAGCUUGGCCACGAUGCUGAAGAAAGAGGGUCUCUUCGCUAUGGCCAAGUACCUGAGGCAGUCGGGACUGGACAAUGUGUUGAACGAAACCGGUCCAUACACUAUAUUCGUCCCUACGGACAAAGCGUUCAGGACUUUGUUAGUACAACUGGGAGGACCGGAAAAAGCCGAGCAGAAAUUCCACGAGAAUCCGCGGCUUCUGAGUGGGCUCCUUCUUCACCAUGUAAUACCAGGAGGCUUCAGGAUCGACUCCCUGCAGGACGAAAUGACCGGCGUCAGCCUGGCCGGGACCCAAUUACGAGUGAACGAGUAUGCGAUGCAGGAUCACGAGUGGAACGACGUAAAAGUGACGACGAUAAAUGGGGCGCGCGUCGCGCCCAAUAAACGGGACAUCGAGAUUCCUCAAGGUAUCGCCCACGCCGUCGACCGGGUGAUGUUCCCGCUCCCAGUCGGGGACCUGGUGCAAACGCUGCAAGCCGACCGCGAGAGGAGGUUCACUACGUUCCUCAGGAUACUCCACGCGUCGGGCCUAGAGGACACGCUUGCAGGACCGAAGACGUUCACCAUCUUCGCACCGACUGAUUCCGCUUUCACCGACGCGUCUGCGAAGAACGGCGUCCCAAUUUGGACCGAGCAGGACGGUCCGGAAGCGGCGAAAACGAUAAUCUCGAAGCAUGUGAUCCCUACCACGAUUUACACCGCGGGGAUGAGGUAUUAUAUCCAAAAGGACACCCUUCGUCCGCAAUCACCGGUUCACAUCCACAAGAACAGCGGACGAGUACGAGUGAACGAAGCACACGUCUUAACGCAUAACGUGCCGGCGACGAACGGAGUAUUGCACGCGAUCGACAGUGUUCUGUAAAACGGCGGCACAUAAUGAACCGCGCAGGUGAUAUUCAUAAUAUUAGAACGCAUUGUGCACGGCAAUCUCUCGAACGAUAUGUAUGCAUCAACGAGCGUGAAAUCCCUGUGUGAGUAUGAUCAAAUGCACGACGAAUCAACUGGCAGAGUAUCCAAUUCAAUCGGCAGAGUCACGUCGCAAAUGGAUCCUCGUUAAUCGUUCAAAUUAACGCGUUAAUGCCAUAGAUGUGCAUGUCGAAAUAUUAAGACAAAGAACGAGACGUCACCUUUAACGUGUACGCACGUGUAUACAUACUAAUUUAUACGAAAUACAGAGUGUUCAAAAAUCUUUGACACAGCCAUUGCAUAUAGGCGGAACAGGUCAAGCCGAAGAGGAAAGCUAUGUACUGUUUUGCAAAGUUUCUCAGGACCUCUCAACAGCAAUCAGUAUCAACUGAUAAUACGAGCCCAAGUGAGCAGCGAUUGAUACGAGAAAGAAGUACGCUUUGCUCUGGAUAAAUAUUGCAAAAGCUGCAUA